AUGGAAAACAACAGCGGAUUGUUAUGUGUCAGCGAGAGCUGCUGAAGGUUGGAAUGCACGUUUGAAGGAAUAAUGUUUUCUCAUCACGUCGGUGGAAAUAUGUCUCGAAAGAAUGGACAAGCCACUGUAGCAAUCAUUGGAGCAUUUGUUGUUAUUUGUAUUUUGUCGUAUUAUUCCUGGAAUCUUUCAUCCGAAAGUAGAACACUAAAGAGGCUAGUUGUCACCACUUAUAGCAAACUAAAGGACAUGACAACUCAUAAAAACUUAAUGGAAAAGAAAAAUACACUGCUUUCUAAUCGAAUGGUUGAAAUGGAAGAGCGAAUGACAACUGAGAAACAGAAUGCAGAAGCAGAACAAAAGCAAAGAAGUAAAUGCUCCUCUGAUUUGGAGUCACUAACUAGUACCUACAAUGUUGCAGAAAAUAAAGCAAAGAAGUGCGAAGACGCCUCUUUGCAAAGAGAGAAAAUGCUUUUGGGUUUGCUAAAAGAUGUCAAUUUGGAGAAUAUUGGCCCAGCUGAUGAUAAAGAUAUAUUUAUUGCAAAGAUUAAACAUCUCAAAGAUUUAUUGAAGUCAACUGGCUCUGAUUAUCAAAAACUUCAAGAUAAAUACUCAGAAUUAGAGAAAGACAAAAUAAGUCUGGCUGAGGACUUUGCUAAAUCGAGAAAGGAUUUGCAGAAGUGUCAAAAUUCUCACUCUACAUCGUCUGCCAAGGAUCAAAGUGAAAAUGUAGAUAAAGAUGAGAAAAAAGACGAAGGUAAGAAAAAAAACAAAUCGCUAAAAUCUGAGCAAGAAGAAAAGAUGGAAAAGAAGGAAGCAGAAGAUCAAUCACCUGAUAAGAAGCAUAAGAAAUCACAUGCUAGUCAAAGUGGGAGCAGGAGUAAAUUGAAAAUGUUUCAUAAGCAGGGUAAAACACAGACAAAGAAGCACGUGAAAGUCGAGUUAUCCGAUUCAAAGCUGAACAAUUCAACUUCUCGUAAAAUAACCGAAGUCAAACCUGCAUCCACCAAACCAAAAGUCGAAACUACCCCACUGCCCACGCCAACUGUUAGAACGAAAAGUGACUUUCAAGAGGGCGAUACAUUCUUCAGCAAGGUUGUGGAAAUACCGGGAAAAGGUGAGGCUGAAAAUCCCAAAACAUCUUCACCCAUGCUAAAAAACAAUAAGGAGGACACAGAAAGAGAUACCAUGGAAUUCGACAAGAAGGCAUUCCAUGAUGGCGUUGGUGAUAAGAAUCUGGAUGCAUCUAACCAUCGCGAAGAUGAUGAACUUGCAAAACCAAAUGAGGGCGCUGAGCGUGGUAAACUAUUCGCGGGUAGUGAUGCAAACACUGGGCUUGAAGACAAAGAAAAAGAUCAAGCUGAAGAGAAGAAUAAAUCUGUAGUGACGUCAAAUCGAAAAGAGAAUGACAUCGAUGCAGAAGGUGAGACACAUCUGUCUGAUGCCAAAAAUAGAAUAGUUAAUGGGAAUGUGCCAGUUGAGAACAAUAAACAAACUGACAAAGAUGCCUCAACCAGUUAAAACCUCGAUGACGAAUAAGAGAAAAUUCUUUGAUCACUUGAGCUUUCAGCAAUGUAAAAAAAGUUUUAUUUAUGAUAAGUAGAAUAAGUUUACACGAUGCGAGUAGAACUGUGAGUAUAAGUCAAUUAACUUUCAACAAGGUUAAAGUUUUUUGUAGCGAAACUGGUUUAAAAUACUCCACAUUCCCAUAAAGUUCCAUGUUUUUCCUGAAUUAUAUUUUGCCAUCAAGUUGGUUUCCAUUAUUGUUUAUAAUCCUACUGCUAGGAAUGUUACCCCUAUGAUGUUUCUUUUACAAACAAAUACAGACGAGGCUGAAGAGCCCAAAAACAUCCACAUGGGAGGUCUGAUGUCACGAGACAAAUCAGAACCACCCCACCCCUCUCACCUUAAAUGUCUGAUUUAACUGAAUUUAACUAUAUACACUUUUCGUCGUUGAAAAAUCUUGUUUUUCGUAGGCUAAUUCAAUUUAAAAAUACAAUGUGUUUCACAGAUGUUGCUCAAGAAAUAUGCAAUUUUAGUGACUAGGCAAUUCUAAAAAAUCAUUCCUGCCUGCACCCCUCUGGAUUCUAGGUUGGUUAUAUGCUUAGAUGUAUUUUCUUAGUUAAAAGUCACUGCAUUAAAGUAUGCAGAAUUUUAUCCCAAAUACGACAGUUGUCUUCUGCCUCUCAUAAAUAUCCUUUCCUUCCUUACUUCUUGCAAUUGACCUGAUUUGAGUUAUGAGGAUAACAGUGGCAAUUCCUUUUUCAGCUAUACAAAAUUUGACGUGUAUGACGCUCCUCUCAUUUUGCAUUGCCACACCUAAGCCACUGUCAAAAAAAUACCGCUGAGAGUGUGCAAUAAGACACGUUGUCUCAAACUAGGAAUCCUUUUAACCAAUAUUCCUUGAAAAACCAUUCUUAACCUAUUUGCAUAUUCACAUUUUUAUUCAUCAAAUCUACUUCGUGUUUCUAGCAAAAAUAACCAACAAUAUAUAUUCGGUCCCACAUUAAUUAUUCAUGCGUGGAUGAAAUUUUCUUACACGACUUUACUGUGAACUAAUUGGAAAGCUGUCUUAUGUAUAAAAACCAGGUUUAAUAACAAGUUUAAUGACGUUUUAACUUAACUAUCAACACUUUGUUAUUUGAACAAUUAGUUGUUAAAGCUAGGCUAAUAGCUGUCCAUUUAUUACUGCCAUGAGA